CAAACUAUCAAUAUCCUUUGCGGCCGUCUAUAGUCUUGUAAGUGUCGAAAAGCUCACCGGUUGGCGGUUGUUGACACGACCGUGGCGCUUACCAACCCCUUGGAACCGUAGUGGAAGACACCAAACCGAAGCUAACAACGGCUAAUUCAAUACCUCUCCUCUAAAUAUAAAAAACCUACCAAAAUCACCAAAAUUCCUGUCAAUGAACUCUUCCAUUCUUCAAUCAAAUUCGAUCUAUUCCAUCAACAUCUGAAUUCUUUGUUGUAGCUAGAACAAAAAAAUUUCAUUGUGAAGAGAUGUUCUGGAGGGAAAGAGAGAGAGAAACCAGGGAUAAUAAUGGUGGACCGCCUAUUGGCACGGUCCGUGUCCUAGUUGUUGGAGAUUCUGGUGUAGGCAAGACAUCACUUGUGCAUCUCAUUCUAAAUGGUUCUGCAUUAGCACGGCCUCCCCAAACAGUCGGUUGCGCAGUUUCAGUUAAGCAUGUUAACUACAGAAGUUCUGCAAGCUCAUCAAAUGGCUUGGAGGGGGAUGUAAAUAGGAAUUUCUUUGUGGAGCUUUGGGAUGUUUGUGGGCAUGAACGCUACAAAGAUUGCAGAUCUCUUUUCUAUUCACAAGUAAAUGGUAUUAUUUUUGUUCAUGAUCUUUCACAAAAGAGGACAAAAUCAAGCCUUCAGAAAUGGGCUGCUGAGAUUGCUGCAAAUGCGACUUUUUCGGCACCUCUUGCAUCUGGUGGGUCUUACGGGCCUCCUGUCCCCUAUAUUGUAAUCAGCAACAAAGCAGAUAUCACAGCAAAGGAGAAUGAAAGAGGCAGCAGUGGUAAUCUUGUUGAUGUUGCUAGGCAAUGGGUUGAGAAGCAAGGUCUGCUAUCAUCUAGUGAGGACCUUCCCCUGACUGCAAGCUUUCCUGGAAAUUCAUCCCUUAUUGCUGCUGCCAAGGAGGGGAGAUUUGACAAGGAAGCUCUGAUAAAGUUUUUUCAUUUGUUGAUCAGGAGGAGGUAUUUUGCCGAUGAAUUACCUGCACCAUCUCCCUGGGGUCUUACAUCUCAAAGAGCUAGUCAACAUUCAACUGAAAUCUCGAGUGACGAUGAUCUUUUGCACCCAUCUGCAAGGUUGAGCAGCAAUCUGUACAACCACAACGUCCAUCCUCCUCUUCCAGCUCAACAUAAUCUCCCUCCUCCUCCUACUCUGUACCCUCAACAACCUGUAUCCAAUUCCGAGAACUAUAGUUUCCCAAGAAUUUAUCAGAAUAUUUCGUCAGAGUUCAAUUACUCCAAGUCUAAGCGGGCAGAUAUUGAUGUCUAACUAAUAGGGAAGCUAACAGCCUGCAAAGCUUGGACAUUUUCCAGGUCCCUUUCUAAUGGUUUGCUUAAAAUCUCCCUGUUGGUGGUUGGUUCUCAUGAUUGUUCAAGUACAACAACACUGGUAAUUUUUUUCUGAUAAAAUAGCUGCUGGAUGAUUUGUAAGGCGUAGAGAAGAAGAUUGAUUCGUUGUUUGUGUGUAAAUGCGUGUUUGUGUAUGUUCUUCCCCCCACAAUGAUGUACAUAUAUGUCACUUUAAUGAAAAUGAAGGUUAUUAAUUUA